CCUUGCAGUAAUAUUAGAAAUUACACCACCUACAGUGAAUUUACGACUGUAUUGUCUAUGUAUUUACUCUUUAUCACCGGACUAAUAUUGAUUGGAGCGUCAAUACAUCUGAUAUACACAUUAUACAAAAAUGAUCCAUACACGUCCUGUUUUGUGGAGAUGACAAUAUGGCGGUCUCUUAUAGCGUUCAUGGCACACUUGUCCAUGCUAAGCACGAUGUCCAAGCAGCAUCGCUUCAGAUGCGACGAUGAAUUGUUUUUUACUUUUGGUCACCCAAAGAUUUACUUCUACAUCCUGUUCUUAAUUGAUAUUCCUCAUGGUCUACUAUGCUUUUACUUCGCUGUAGUUGUCAACUCUCUGCCGACGUCACAUCAGUUGUCUCCGCUACCUCAGCAGCCGACAUCGGCUAAAUCGCCUCAAGCGCCUACGUCGCUUAAAUUGUCUCAAUCGCCUCAGGCGGCUACAUCGCCUCAACCGCCUUUGUCACCUAAAUCUCCUACAUCGCCUACACCGCCUAAAUCGCCUUAGAAACGGUUACAUGGACCCAGCCGACAGCUACAAGAUUUAAGCAUGAAAAGUUGCAUGAAAACUAUAAUCAUUUGCGUCUAAUUAUGCUUCAUAAGU